AUGCAAGUAAUCAACGAUACUUCUUUAUUGUCUGAAAAAUAUUUAACAGUCGUCAGUUAUGAUGAUAUGACAAGCCCAAAUUACAUGGCAAAGUUAUCAAAAUUAUCAAACUCUUUGCACAAGCAAGGUUUGGAUCUCCACAAGGUAUGCUUGAUAAUGAGAUUUAAAAUCAAAUUGAAAACAAGUCUACAAAUAGCUGGCGUCAAUUAUCAAGUGUAUAGCACUAUAUCAAAGCUCAACGGAUUGAUUCUGCUGCUUUAUGAGGGACUAGAUUUGGAUUGCGAAAGCUCAAUCGACAUCAAAUUCAAUGAUUUUGGAGAUUUUGGGGAUUCAAUAAAGAGAUGCAUCUCGAUUGAAAAUUUUGAUUUCUUUAUGGAAAAUGAAUUCUUGGUCAGUCUUGAAAAUGACUCUGACCCUGACACACGUUUGGUGUAUGACAACUUUAUUGUUUGA